AUGCCAUGUGCCCAGAGGAGCUGGCUUGCAAAGCUCUCCGUGGUGGCUCAGCUCCUGAACCUGGGGGCCCUUUGCUAUGGGCGACAGCCUCAGACGGGCCCGGUGCUCUUCCCAGACAAGAGGCAAGAGCAUUUUAUCAAGGCCCUGCCGGAAUACCACGUGGUGGCUCCUGUCCGAGUCGAUGCGAGCGGGCAUUUUCUCUCUUAUGUCUUGCACCAUUCUGUCUCCGGCAGCAGGAGAAAGAGAGAUUUGGAUGGCCUAGAGGACCGGGUGUACUAUAGAAUUUCACACGAGGAGAAGGACUUGUUCUUUAACUUGACGGUCAAUCAGGGAUUACUUUCCAAAAGCUACAUCGUGGAGAGGAGAUACGGGAACCUCUCCCAUGUGAAGAUGGAGGCUUCCUCGGGGCCCCCCUGCCAUCUCAGGGGCACAGUUCUGCAGCAGGGCACCGGGGUCGGCAUUGCAGCCCUCAGCGCCUGCCGUGGACUGACUGGAUUUUUCCAUCUACCACAUGGAGACUUUUUCAUUGAGCCUGUCAAAAAGCAUCCUCUGGCUGAGGGAGAGUACCACCCACACGUCAUAUACAGGAGGCAGAGGCGAGGCAUCCCAGAGAUGAAGGAGCCAACCUGUGGAUUAAAGGACAGUCCUGGCAUCUCCCAGAAACAAGAGCUACUGCGAGAGAAGUGGGAGAGGAGCCACUUGCGAGGCAGAAGCCUGUCUCGGCGUUCCAUCAGCAAGGAGAGGUGGGUGGAGACGCUGGUGGUGGCCGACACGAAGAUGAUUGAGUACCACGGGAGGGAGAACGUGGAAUCUUAUAUCCUCACCAUCAUGAACAUGGUCACCGGGUUGUUCCAUAACCCAAGCAUUGGCAAUGCAAUCCACAUCGUUGUGGUUCGGCUCAUUCUACUUGAAGAAGAAGAGCAAGGGUUGAAAAUAGUUCACCAUGCAGAGAAGACACUGUCCAGCUUCUGCAAGUGGCAGAAGAGCAUCAAUCCCAAGAGUGACCUCAGCCCUGCCCAUCAUGAUGUGGCCGUCCUUCUCACCAGAAAAGACCUCUGUGCUGGUGUCAAUCAUCGCUGUGAGACCCUGGGGCUGUCCCACCUGUCAGGAAUGUGCCAGCCUCACCGGAGUUGUAACAUCAAUGAAGACUCUGGACUCCCCUUGGCUUUCACAGUUGCCCAUGAACUCGGACACAGCUUCGGCAUCCAGCAUGAUGGGAAGGAAAACGACUGUGAGCCCGUGGGCAGGCACCUGUACAUCAUGUCCCGCCAGCUGCAGUACAAUCCUGCCCCGCUGACAUGGUCCAAAUGCAGCAAGGACUAUAUCACUCGCUUCCUGGACCGAGGCUGGGGGUUCUGUCUGGAUGACAUCCCCCAAAAGAAAGGCUUGAAGUCCAACAUCAUUGCCCCUGGAGUGAUCUAUGAUGUUCACCACCAAUGCCAGCUACAGUAUGGCCCAAAUGCUACCUUCUGCCAGGAAGUAGAAAAUGUUUGCCAGACACUGUGGUGCUCGGUGAAGGGCGUUUGUCGCUCCAAGUUGGACGCUGCUGCAGAUGGGACUCAAUGUGGAGAGAAGAAGUGGUGUAUGGCUGGCAAGUGUAUCACAGUGGGCAAAAAACCAGAGAGCAUUCCUGGAGGCUGGGGCCGCUGGUCAUCCUGGUCCCACUGUUCCAGGACCUGUGGGGCCGGAGCCCAGAGUGCAGAGAGGCUCUGCAACAACCCUGAACCAAAGUUCGGAGGGAAGUACUGCACUGGAGAAAGAAAACGCUAUCGCUUGUGCAACAUCCACCCUUGUCGCCCAGACACACCCACUUUUCGGCAGAUGCAGUGCAGUGAGUUUGACACUGUUCCCUAUAGGAAUGAAUUCUACCACUGGUUUCCGGUUUUUAAUCCAGCACGCCCUUGUGAGCUCUACUGCCGACCCAUCGACGGCCACUUUUCCGAGAAAAUGCUGGAUGCUGUCAUUGAUGGUACCCCUUGCUUUGAAGGCGGCAACAGCAGAAAUGUCUGUAUUAAUGGCAUGUGUAAGAUGGUCGGCUGCGAUUAUGAGAUCGACUCCGACGCCACGGAGGACCGCUGUGGUGUGUGCCUUGGGGAUGGCUCAGCCUGCCAGACUGUGAAGAAGAUGUUUAAGCAGAAAGAAGGAUCUGGUUAUGUUGACAUCGGACUGAUUCCAAAAGGAGCCAGGGACAUACGGGUAAUAGAGGUUGAAGGCGCUGGAAACUUUCUGGCCAUCAGGAGUGAAGACCCUGAAAAAUAUUACCUCAAUGGAGGAUUUAUUAUCCAGUGGAAUGGGAACUACAAGCUGGCAGGGACCAUCUUUCAAUAUGACAGAAAAGGAGACCUGGAGAAACUGAUGGCCACGGGUCCCACCAAUGAGUCAGUGUGGAUCCAGCUUCUGUUCCAGGUGACUAACCCUGGUAUCAAGUAUGAGUACACAAUCCGGAAGGAUGGCCUUGACAAUGACGUGGAGAAGCUGGUGUACUUCUGGCAGUAUGGCCACUGGACAGAGUGCAGUGUAACAUGUGGAACAGGUAUCCGACGCCAGACUGCCUAUUGUGUGAAGAAGGGUCGUGGGAUGGUGAAAGCAACGUUCUGUGACCCAGAAACACAACCCAAUGGGAGACAAAAGAAGUGUCAUGAAAAGGAUUGUCCACCCAGGUGGUGGACAGGGGAGUGGGAAGCAUGUUCCGCGACAUGUGGGCCCCACGGAGAGAAGACGCGAACAGUGCUGUGCAUCCAGACCAUGGGCUCAGAUGAGCAGGCUCUCCCCGCUCAAGACUGCCAGCAUCUGCUAAAGCCCAAGACCCUCGUGUCCUGCAACAGAGACAUCCUGUGUCCAUCAGACUGGACAGUGGGCAACUGGAGUGAGUGCUCUGUUUCCUGUGGUGGUGGAGUACGGAUUCGCAGUGUCACAUGUGCCAAGAACCACGAUGAGCCCUGCGACAUGACGAGGAAGCCCAACAGCAGAGCUCUCUGUGGCCUCCAGCAGUGCCCAUCCAGCCGGAGAAUUCUGAAGCCCAACAGAGGCACAAUUUUCAGUGGGAAAAAGCUACCAACACCUGACCCCUUCAAGCCUGUCCCUCCAACUACACCCAGUCCCAGGAUGCUGACUACACCCAGUCCCAGGGUGCUGACUACACCCACAGUGCCUGGGCCUCUGAGCCCAAGCACUCCGACAAUUAACAGCCCUGAUCCUUCCACAGCCUCCAAAGAAGGAGACCUGGAUGGGAAGCAGGGGCAGAAUAGUUCAAUCCAAACUGAACUGGACACCCAUAAUGUCAUUUCCACUGGAAGUACUUCCCAGCCCAUCCUCACUUCUCGGUCUUUGAGCAUCCAGCCAAAUGAAGAAAAUGUUUCCAAUCCUGACACUGGUCCUACCUCCGAGGGAGACCUUGUCAUCACAACGACAAGUGGUUCUGACUUGUCAACUUCCAGCAAUGCUGUGACUUGGCAGGUGACUUCGUUUUACAGGCCCUUGACCAAAGAGCCAGAAAUGGAGAUUCACAGUGGCUCAGGGGAAGACAGUGAACCAUCUGAGAAAAAACAUGAGAACAACUCUGUGACAUGGACCAAGAUCAGAGAACCUGGAAAUGAUGCUCCAGGGGAAAGAAGUAGAGAAAUACCACUUGGAGCUCCACCAACCCCUUAUCUUGGGGGAACAUCUCUAUGGCCACUCUUUAGCACAGUAUCAGAAGGACUGGUACCCAGCCAAAGGCCCAUUACUGUCAAAAAUGGAGCAUCCAGAGCUGAAGGGAUGGUCACUGAAAAGCCAGCUAAUACUCCACUCCCUCUGGGAGCAGACAACCAGCCAGCAUACUCCAAAGAGCCAGUAAACCAUCGCCCCCAAGAACUUCCAAGCAACAUGAACCUAACACAGAGUCCUGGACCGGUCCUGACCAAGGAAGAUGCAACAAGUCUGAUGGCUGAGGGAUUUCUGCUUAAUGCCUCGGAUUACAAGCAGCUCUCGAUGGGACACAGCCCUGCCUACUGGAUUGUUGGAAACUGGAGUGAGUGCUCCACCACGUGCGGGCUGGGGACCUACUGGCGGAGCGUGCAGUGCAGCACCCACGUGGAUUCCGACUGCGCCACCCUGCGGAGGCCAGACCCGGCCAAGAGGUGCCACCUCCGUCCCUGCGCUAGCUGGAAAGUGGGAAACUGGAGCAAGUGCUCCAGAAACUGCAGCGGGGGCUUCCAGAUCCGGGAGAUUCAGUGUGUGGACAGCCGGGACCACCGGAGUCUGAGGCCAUUUCACUGCCGGUUCCUGGCCGGCCUUCCCCCUCCACUGACCGCAAGCUGUAACGUGGAGCCCUGCGAGGAGUGGCAGGUGGAGCCCUGGAGCGAGUGUUCCAGCUCCUGUGGAGGCGGAGUUCAGAAGAGAGGGGUCACUUGUCCAGGAGGCCUCUGUGACUGGACUAAACGGCCCACGUCCACCACACCCUGCAGCGGGCACCCUUGCUGUCACUGGGCCGCUGGGAACUGGGACCCGUGCACUGUGUCCUGUGGAGGUGGCUUUCAGAAGAGGACUGUCCAUUGCGUGGCCUCAGAGAACAAUAAAACCGAAAGCCAGGACCAAUGCCUGUGUGAUCACGAACCCAGACCCCCAGAAUUCCAGAAGUGCAACCCGCAGGCCUGCCGGAAGAAUGCUGAUCUCCUUUGCACCAAGGACAACUUAUCAGCCAGUUUCUGCCAGACGCUGAAAACCAUGAAGAAAUGUUCCGUGCCCACCGUGAGGGCUCAAUGCUGCCUCUCGUGUUCCCAGACGCACGUGGCCCACACCCAAAGGCCAAGGAAGCGACAGUCACUCAAGAUCCCCAAAGCACCCUGA